AUGUCCUCGGAAGCCCAUGACUCAGUCGGUGCGGCAGCCGAGAAAACAGGCGCAAUCAAUAUCAAUGGCGAGGAAAGCUCAGAACCUUCCAAAAGCGCACUGAAGAAAGCCCAGAAGCAGCAAAAAAUGGCAGAAGAAAAGGCCGCCAAAGCUGCCAAACUCAAAGAAGCCCAGGUCAAGCCAGCAGCGAAAAAGUCAUCUGGAAAGGAAAUCGAGGGAGCAGAGCUGAAGGCAAUCAACAUAAAGAAAGAAGCCGACUUCGCUGGAUGGUAUGCGCAAGUUCUGACCAAAGGCGGAUUCAUAUCCUACACCGACAUCUCGGGCUGCUAUGUCUAUCGUCCAGCAAGCUACGUGAUAUGGGAACAGAUCACCGCCUGGUUCGAUAAGCGCAUCAAAUCUAUAGGUGUAAAAAACUGCUAUUUCCCUAUGUUUGCAACGAAGGAGCAGUUGGAGAUUGAGAAAGACCAUGUGGAAGGAUUUGCCGCCGAGGUUGCUUGGGUCACUAAGUAUGGCAAUUCGCAGCUUGAGAAAGAAAUCGCUAUUCGUCCUACCUCGGAAACAGUCAUGUAUGGCCAUUAUGCCAACUGGAUAAGAAGCCAUAGAGACCUUCCCCUCAGACUCAAUCAAUGGAACUCAGUUGUCCGGUGGGAGUUCAAGCACCCUCAACCUUUCCUCCGAACACGAGAAUUUCUUUGGCAAGAAGGUCACACGGCGCACUUGACCAAGCAAGGAUCAGAAGAGGAAGUUCUACAAAUCCUUGAAUGGUACGCUGGUGUAUACGAGGAGCUUCUCGCAGUCCCCGUGAUAAGAGGCCGGAAGACAGAUAAGGAGAAAUUUGCAGGCGGAGACUACACGACGACUGUCGAAGGUUAUAUUCCCGAGACUGGAAGAGGUAUACAAGGCGGGACUAGUCAUUGCUUAGGUCAGAACUUCAGUAAAAUGUUCAACAUCGUCGUUGAGGACCCAGCGAACAAAGAGGGCGCAAAGCUUCACGUGUGGCAGAAUUCUUGGGGAUUGAGCACAAGAACGAUUGGGGUAAUGGUCAUGAUACAUAGCGAUAACAGGGGUCUCGUGCUACCUCCACGCGUUGCGGAAACACAAGUCGUCAUUGUCCCAGUUGGAAUUACUGCCAAGACAUCGGAAGACCAAAAGACAGCGCUUCAUAAAGAAGUUGACGCACUAGAAGCAAUACUGAAAGCAGUGGAUCUCCGAGUCAUCUCCGACAAGAGUGAGGGCUACUCACCAGGCUGGAAAUUCAACGAAUGGGAGCAGAAAGGUGUGCCGCUCCGCCUUGAAUUUGGCCCUGGCGAAUCGAAAGGACACUACGUGACAACCUCACGUCGCGACAUUCCUGGGAAAGAGGGCAAGGGCCAAAUUGCCAUCACGGAGCUUGGCGCUGAGGUCCCAAAAUUACUUUCCACAAUACAGAGCGACCUCUAUGACCGCGCAGACCAGACAUAUAAGCAACACACAAAGCAGAUCACGGCAUGGGACGAGUUCGUCCCCUCUCUCAACGCAAAGAACGUGAACUUAAUUCCCCACUGCUUGACCGAGAAGUGUGAGGACAAGGUGAAAGAAUUGAGCGCCAAGAGAGAUACGGAUGACAAUGUCCCUCAAGACGAGAAGGCGCCAAGUAUGGGAGCUAAAAGCUUGUGCAUUCCUUUCAAGCAGCCUUCGGGGGGUCUCAGAGAGGGCACGCAAUGCCUGAAUCCCGAGUGCGAUAACAAGGCAGUGAAGUGGUGUUUGUUCGGGCGAAGCUACUAA